AUGAAAUGUCGCAUGAGGGAUACUGCAAGCUCGAUUGGCUCAUACUCCCAAAAGCGCAACAACCAAACAAACCAAUUAAACGAGAAGGAUAUGCUGGAUCUGCCGGAAUCUCUUCAGGCUCUUCUGGAGAGGUUGCCAAGCUUACCACAACCAAACACCCAUCCCCCAGACCUGAAGGCUACAUUUGACGUGGCAUGUGGCCUGCUAGAGCGGGACAAUGCGGACCCGGUAUGUGCCAAGUGCACGAAGCUGCGGAACCAUCGGCACCUUGAUUUUUGCAGCCAAGGACGUCGCCAGGGCCGCAUCUUAGACGGCUGGUGCGGCAGGCCAACCAAAGCUGCCCGCGUCACAGAACGUCGCAAGCACUUGGGCGGGUGA